CAACCGCCUGCGUGUGCGUAACGACGACACAGAGGUGCAGGAUGUAGCACAAGACGUGGCUAGCGAGCUAGUAGUGACAGUAGGACGUCCGAAAAUUCACAUACAUCUUCAUCAGGAUCUGUUUUACUACAUGUUUAAGAAAAAACUGAGUGUCUUUCGGCAGACAGAUCAUUUCUGCUGAUAUGACACUUCGGCUUCACGUCAAGAGCUGAAUGGGAGUAUUGAAGGCUUUUUGUGAGUGAGGAGGUUGUGGGUCCUAGUAAUGUACCAUGGGGUACGACAUUACGAGGUUCCAAGGGGAGGUGGAUGAAGACCUGCUGUGCCCAAUAUGCAGUGGAGUUCUCGAAGAACCAGUGCAGGCUCCACACUGUGAGCAUGCCUUCUGCAAUGCCUGUAUAACACAGUGGUUCGCCCAGCAGCAGAUUUGUCCAGUUGACCGCACGGUUGUGACUUUAGCUCACCUCCGGCCUGUACCCCGCAUCAUGCGCAACAUGCUGUCCAAACUUCAGAUCAACUGUGACAAUGCAGGUUUUGGCUGCACAGCAACACUACGGCUGGACCAGCUGCAGUCACAUCUGAAGGACUGCGAGCACAACCCUAAAAGGCCCGUCAACUGUGAGGAUGGUUGUGGACUUGAGAUGCCCAAAGACGAGCUACCCAACCACAACUGCAUCAAACACUUGCGGAGCGUGGUCCAGCAGCAACAGACAAAGAUUUCAGAGCUGGAGAAAACUGUGGUGGAGCAUAAACACCAAUUAGGGGAACAAAAACGGGACAUUCAGCUGCUAAAAGCCUACAUGAGAGCCAUCCGCAGUGCUAAUCCAAAUCUUCAAAACCUGGAGGAGAGCAUCGAGUACAAUGAGAUCCUAGAGUGGGUGAACUCCAUGCAGCCCGCAAGAGUGACACGCUGGGGCGGCAUGAUCUCUACUCCUGAUGCUGUGCUCCAAGCGGUCAUCAAACGCUCCCUCAUCGACAGCGGCUGUCCGCUCUCUAUUGUGAAUGACCUGAUCGAGAACGCCCACGAGCGGAACUGGCCGCAGGGGCUUGCCACGCUCGAGACGCGGCAGAUGAAUAGGCGCUACUAUGAGAACUACGUUGCCAAGCGUAUCCCUGGCAAGCAGGCGGUCGUGGUGAUGGCCUGUGAGAAUCAACAUAUGGGGGAGGAUAUGAUCCUGGAGCCUGGCCUGGUCAUGAUCUUUGCGCACGGAGUGGAAGAGAUCUUAUAACUGUACAGAAAGCAGAGCGGAACCAGAGACAAGUGGGGAUGCUUUGUUUUGAGGGUUUGCUGUGACGAGUAGGUUUAGUGCUUGUUAGAGUGAACCCUUCUGACUAAAUCCGGUUGAUUUUGAAUCAAAUCUUAUAAGAGGCUCACUACUUAGCUUGAUACCUAUGCCUUAAAGUAAGGACAAUUAUAUUAUGAACUUGUUAAAUAGAAACUUAAUCUGACUGAUCUAAGAAAAAGGUGAGAUGUGAUGUUUACAAGGUUUAUAUUAUAUUUGGUGCAUUAUAUGAUCUGAUUGUUCUGCUCCGUGUCCUAAUAUAGUUCUAAGCUUGAGCCCCAGUUUGAUGUCCUCAAUUGUAUAAAUGUCUGUAAAUACAAAUACUAUAUUGAAUUACAAAUGUCAGUCUCUUACUCCUCUCACUGUAAUUAGAUAGUGAUUUUUGUUUUACUCUGUUUCUCUUUCGUCAGCCUGUGUUACUGUCUGCGGGGACGUCAAGUUGGAAGAUUUUUUUUUUUGCGUGCUUGCUUUAGUAUUUAGUUUCCUGUGAAUAUUUCACAAAACAUUGUGCUUCUCAGUUUAGAUUGUCUAAACCUCCUGUGCCAUUUGUUUUAUUUAUUGUGUUGCCUUUUACAUAAACAUGCUUGAAGAUGUUGCUGUUUGAUGUAUGGAGAUCUGCCUUUUUUCGGUGAAUUUGAAGUUCAUUGCGGGAAGAAAAUUGAUUUUGUGUUCGUUGCCUCAGUUGUAUAUAUAAAGUCUGUAUGUUGGGUCCAGUUGAAGUGUUAAAUUUGAAGUUUAACAUGUUGGAUUUGACUAUGUACAAUGAGUUUUAUCUGAUGAAUCAUCAUGGUUCACUUAAUAUCACAAGUGAUCAUUUUGUCUGUUUCUGAUUGAAAUAUAGACAUUGAUAUUCUCUUUCUUCACAGUAAGCAAACAUCUAUUCACUGACAUAUCACUAAAAAUUCUAGCUAGGAGAUUGUAAAAAUAUUUGUGAAUUCACUUAUGGCUUUUGAGAGGUAUAAUGUUUCACCAUACCAUCACAUAGUCACUUAUUGCUGUAUUACGAUAAAUAAGACUGCAGAUGUCCGGUAUAAGAGCCUACUGCAGUAAACGGAUAAAUAUGGAUCGUGCCCUUAUUGUUUCCCUGUUCAUGUUUUUAUUUGUUUUAUGUCUGUUAUGUACCGUGUUGUACAGACAAGAAAGUAAUAAAUAUGUCCAACUUCA